UGAGACGAAUCGGGUUGUUGUGUCAAUUCAUCCAGUCAUAUUCCUAAAAUUUACUGUAUUAUUGAAAAAAAUCUUAAGUGAAAGAGUUAACAAGCUCUCAAGAUGAAACACAUUCAAUGAAACCAUAAAAAUAAAAGACAAUAACAUUGAUCCCAAUGAAGAAAUAAAUAACCACAGUGACAAUAUUAACAGUGAUGCAAAAGAUAUAACUAUAUAAGAAAUGUAUCGACAUUUAUUACUUAUUUUUUUUCUGACAUUACUUGAAAAUAUAAGUGGCGGUAAAGAUUUAACUUCUUUUGCUUUAGUGGGGAAUCCUAUAGGUCGUGCAAGACCAUGCAAUGGAAAUGACGAUAUUGAAGCAGUUUUUGAAGGGGGCCUACCACCAGAAGAAGAGAAUAAGUAUUCAUUAAAUUUGUAUUACAAUUUACCGAAAUAUUCAAGAGUGCAUAUACAGUUUGAUUCUGAAGCUACAGUUUCUUUGCACAACAAAUCAGUCGCCAGAAUUGAUACCAUCGGAGGGAUCUUUCACAUUUCAUUCUUCAAAGAUGCUGGAUCUCUGAUCAUGACUGUUAAAGGUCCCAAUAUUGGCACUGUACCGUAUCCAACCAGUAUAGAAGCGAAUCGCGUACAGUUAUGUGAAGAUCCUAAUGUGGGGUUCCUAGACAACAUUCUUCAAGGAUACAAAGAUACAGCUCAUUCUAGCACAGCGGUAAAGCAGACGGAUUGCGGAAGAAGAAAGGUGCUACACACAGAGCUGAUCUUCAACGGUCAACCCACGAAACCUGGGGACUGGCCGUGGCACGCUGCAAUCUAUACCUUGAAAUACACCUCUGCUGAGUACAUCUGCGGAGGCACAUUGAUUUCGAAGAAUUUCGUCUUGACAGCUGGUCAUUGUGUCACCAUCAAUGGUGUUCCCGUGUUACCAGAAAUUAUAAGCGUAAUUUUGGGGAAAUAUAACCUGAUUGGAGGUGACGUCGCUACGCAAGAAAGAUUGGUUCACCAAGUGAUUGUCCAUGAGGAGUUUUAUUACAGGAAAUUGGACAACGAUAUAGCGUUGCUUAAACUGAAGACUGAAGCUAUUUAUGAUGACUACGUCCAACCGGCUUGUUUGUGGAACGUGGAUGCUAUCAAAAGGAUACCCGCUGGAAUUGUUUACGGCACAGUUGCAGGUUGGGGACUCAAUCACACCAAACAGCUGUCUAGCGCACUUCAUCAGGCGACUUUACCCAAAAUUGGAGAUCAAACUUGUCUAAAGUCGAACCCAAAUUUCUUUGGGAGAGUACUCAAUGAGAGGAAGUUUUGUGCUGGUUAUAGAAACGGUACCUCAGCAUGCAAUGGUGAUAGCGGUGGUGGUUUCCACGUGUUCGUUCCGGACAUAUCCGGAGACACCUCAGCCAAUGCGACAGGCGCUUAUUACGUCAACGGCAUAGUAUCUUUAGCGGUGAGCCGGACAGAUGCCAAAAUUUGUGACACUUCUCAAUACACGUUGUAUACUAACGUAGCUGCGUUCACUGGCUGGAUUGAUGAGCAUAUAAGAUCUUUGUGAUGAGAAUUUAUUUACCUUUGAAUUAAAUUUGUAUCAAGUCAUAAUUUUUUUCAUUUCAUUCUCAAAAAAACAUACUUACUGUUAUUUUUGUCGCAAUACAAAUAAUCGGAAAUCUAU